CGACGCGACGUGAGAAACUGUUUUGUGUGUGAGCUUUACAUUUCCCGGAUGAGGUGGUGAUAACGUUAUGGAAUAUCUGAAAUACCUUUACAUCGUACUUAUUAAAUGCAAAUUUUGCGUACAGCAAACUCUGCGCGAUGCUACCAAGGAGUUUAUAGAGGCUGUUAAUAAAUCUCGAGCCGGCCGUCGGGCCGGUCCCGUAUCCUGGGGAACAGCCGUCAAGUUCCUGGCGGCGCGGAAGUUCGAAGUCGCCCGAGCUUUGGCUCUCUACGAUCAGCAUGAGGCGACGAGGAGACGAGAAGGUCUCGCCCGUCUAAAUCCGACCCAGGAGCCUCUCCACAGCGAGCUUCGUACAGGGAAAUUCACCGUCCUGCCAACGAGAGACGGGACGGGGGCUGCCAUUGCGAUAUUCACCGCUCACCUUCAUCUUCCACAAAACACAACGCACCAGACCACCCUUCAAGGUGUCGUUUACCAAUUGGAUGCAGCCCUGGAAAGUGCGGAAACGCAGCGUCACGGGCUGGUAUUUAUUUACGACAUGUCGGACAGUAAAUAUCAAAAUUUCGACUACGACUUGUCGCAAAAAAUUCUCACCCUGCUUAAGGGAGGAUAUCCGGCUAAGCUGAAGAAGGUACUGAUAGUAACAGCGCCGCUCUGGUUCAAGGCGCCGUUUAAAAUCCUCCGACUCUUCGUCAGGGAAAAACUCCGGGAUCGUGUUUUCACGGUGUCGAUACCACAGCUGACGCUUCACAUACCCAGGGAAUCUCUUUCCCGCCGUCUGGGCGGCACCUUGGAGGUUCAGCAUGACGCGUGGCUACUUCACUGCCUUAAGUCAAUGACUAACCGGGGCGGGGGUGAACUCUGCGAGGUUGCCCCCGGCGUCGUCGCCCCGUUACCCCCGACGCUGAAGAUCCAGAAUCAGCAGCAGAACUCCAACGGCGGACCGAUCGGUAGUCCAACCAGUCCCCUUAACGAGAAGCUAAAGGCGAAGAAUGGCGUCGCGAACAACAGCGAAAUCGAGACCUCGAACGAGCACACGAACGGCGAUCACUGGCCCGGAAGCGACGAGGCGCCCUCGCCUGUUCAACCCCCGUCUUCGGCCAGUUCCGGUUUCAGCGACGACGACAGUCUCCACGGUGACCUUGCACUUCAGGCCGUCUCGAUGGAGCAGCUUAUCGAGGCUGUGCACACCAGGGGGAAAGUCGGACUCGUCUCCGAGUACAUGGAGAUCAGACAGAGACCGCCGGAUGGCUCCUUUAAUCAUGCAAAACUCAGAGCGAACCAGCCGAAGAACAGGUACACCGAUGUCUUGUGCUACGAUCACAGCAGAGUGAGUCUGUCGGAAGUGGAAAAUGAUCCAUCUUCGGAUUACAUAAACGCGAAUUUCGUCGACGGUUACAAACAGAAAAAUGCUUUCAUAAGCACCCAGGGUCCAUUACCAAAGACAUGCGGUGAUUUUUGGAGGAUGGUUUGGGAGCAGCAAAGCCUUGUCGUCGUUAUGACUACGAGAGUCGUCGAACGGGGGCGUACAAAAUGCGCCCAAUACUGGGGGCCCAAACCCGGGGACGAAGUUUCGGCUGGAGGAUACACAGUCACUACUCUCGAAGUUGAAACGAAUCCUGACUACACGAUAUCCAUGCUCCUCCUCACCAAUGACAAGACGGACGAAACCAGGGAAGUGUGUCAUAUGCUGUAUACAGCCUGGCCAGAUUACGGUGUACCACAAUCGGCGAAAGCCUUGCUACAGUUUUUAUCAUUAGUCAGACAACAACAGAGCAAACUUCUUGCUAGUCGAGGUGACACUUGGGCAGGCCAUCCUCGAGGACCUCCGAUAGUAGUUCAUUGCAGUGCGGGCAUUGGAAGGACAGGGACCUUUUGCACCCUGGACAUUUGUAUAUCGCGUCUCGAAGACACGGGGACAGUUGAUGUCCGGGGGACGGUCGAAAAAAUCCGAGCCCAAAGAGCGUACAGCAUCCAAAUGCCUGACCAGUACGUAUUUUGUCACAGAGCACUCGCGGAGUACGCGUUAUCUCGCGGUAUGCUGAGUCCACAGCACCUGGCAAUGCUGCCGUCGACCGUUGAAGAGGAUUCUGACUAAUCUAUAGCUAUUUAAUUGUAUUAUUGUGUAAGGCCCAACCUGUAACCAAACCCUUUCGUCCUGUUCCUCGACUCACAGGGUCUAACAAACAAUUCCGGAGGAAAACGUAUAUUUAGGUAACGCGUUACUGAGAGCUGAGUGGAAAGUGCUGUUCCUGAUUAUCCAGUAUAGAAGUGUACAGUUUUCAACAAUUCUAGAUGCCAUCACGAAGUGAGUUUUUUUUACAUCAAUUUAAAGACCAUUUUAAAUGGUGAACAAUUUUUUCGCGGGUCAACGGGUAUCUGGGGUGUUCUUUUCGCUCUGUCCCGCUCUUAGUUUUUUCUUUCUCCUCUUCUUUUGCGUCAGCAUUUGUAUAUCCCACUACUUCCAGUACUCAAAAAUAACCAACAUAUAUUGGAGGUCUGUUCGUUGCUGCGAUACGGUCAAGCCAACUUUCGACAAAGAAAAAUUAUCCGUUUCGUUAUUCAUCUUGAGAUGAAAAUAUCCCGUAAUUUACAGUAAUUUUUCCAAUCCGCGUUUUAAACUCUAUCGUUGAUGAUAAUAGAGCUCGAAAUUGAUAUUAUGAAUAGAAACGAUUCAUUUUCAUUUAUUGAUUGGAAAAUAAUUGCAAAAAUUAGAACUGUAAUCUUGAAAGAUGAGCGUAAUAGAAUUGAUGCCGAAUUUCAAAUAAAUUUUUAGGUUAUAGAGUAUUGCGACUGAUGGAGUAUAAUGGGGAUUUAGUAGAACAAUCAAUUGGACUGAGUGCAGAACAUUUUUAAAUAAAUAAAACUAAGAGAAAAAUUGAUUAAAAGAUAGAAGAAAAAGUAUAUACUUAUUACAUUGCGAGAAUAGAAAAUCUAAGUUAAUAUAACUUUGAUGGCAGUGUAUAAUAUUUAUAACUAUUAUUCUAGACUUAGAAUAUGAAAAAUGAAUUUUUGUUGUAUCAACUCAAAUAUUCGUACGUAAUAGUACAAUUGACACUUUCACACUUCAAGUGCUACCUAUAAACGACGUGAAAGGUUUUACUUCCGUUGGUGUUCUUGCGUUCUUAUCAUCAUCUACUGAACGCACAUGCCUCGUUUUCAUUCUAAGAAGUCACUUAUAAAAACAUAUAUUUCAAGUUCAGGACUGGGUUUGAGCUUAUUUCUGUUGUACCUAUUCUACGGUCAAAAUUUAUUGCUAAUCCAUGGCGCAUCUUCUUACGCAGUAGAACGAUUACGUGAGAUGCAAAAACAAUAUUUCCAUCUGAAAAUGUCAAGUAAUUUAUUGAUUCACAUCACUCGGUGUUGGGAGGAGCAAGGUAAAAUUGUUCAAAUUUUGACAAAUGGUUGAACAAGUGAACACGCAUCUGAAUCCUUUAUUUUCGUGAAGAUGUUUCUAUACGCGUAUGUAAUUGAUUCCUGAAUCGGUGUAUGAUCAAUCUGAGAAGUGAAUCGUUGAAAAUUUAAUUGUGUUCGCCCCAUUAAUAAUAAAGUAAGUUCGUAAGAAUCUUCAAGUACCCUCAGGUACCAAAUAUGGGCAUAUUAUUUUUAAACUAAUGUUAAUAAUUAUGUGGAAAAAGAAACUAUUUAUUACAAAUAUUGAUACGAGUCUAACGAAAUAAUUAUUUCUUUGCUAAGUGAUAUAUACACGUAUGUAUAUUUGUAUCUCUCGUAUAACCCAAUUUUCUUUUACAAUAAGGUUGGCUCUAUCGACCGUUAUUAAAUAUGUAUACCAGUAUUCCGUGUGCGCUGAAAAAGAACUACCAUUUAUAAUUGAUUAUUAUUAUUAUUAUUAUUAUUAUUAUUAUUAUUAUUAUUAUUAUUAUUAAUAUUAAUAUUAUUGAAUGAAUGCGUAUAAACGUGAAUUUAGUGAGGUUUUUGCUGCAGCUCGAUAUUUAUUCCUGGAUGAGUUUCAAAACUGUAUGAAAAAUUCUCAAUAGCGAUAAAUAACGAGUAGUAGUAUAAAGUCUCCCGAAUAGAAUUUGAUAAAUUGAUAUCUUUCUAUUUCCAUUUAUAACUUUUAACUGCUGUAAUGUUAGUUAUAGAGCUGGGUGUAUUAACUGAUGGUUUCCCGUUACUUUCGAAUGCAUUAUAGUGAUAUUGCCUUUGGCAUUGUUAAUCGUUAACCGGAAGUCAGUAAAAUUUUUGCCCCCAGCUUAGUGUUAAAAUUAAAAAAGAAAAUAGGCUUUAAUCAAGUAUGACGACUAUUUAAAACAGAAACAAAUGAAAAAAAAAAUAUAGCAUAUAUACCCGCACAUAUUGAGGUAAAAUAAAUAAACGAUGUCGAGAUGUACCCAUGAACGAAAUAUUGAAUAUACCAUCCUUAAUAACUAAAGCAAAUCAGACACCCGAAUCGUGAUUGCGUCAGUAAAAUGUAGAGGAUUUAUAACUGCUCGCAACAGAUGUAAAUCAUGAAGUACGAGUUGGCUUCUAGUUAAUUGUACAUCUCUAUAAUCUUGAUCGAACUGUACAUAUUAUGCCUUCAAUUACCGUAAAUGUACCUAAUUAAUUUAAUAUAUUUCAGAAAAAAUUACUAUCAUUUACCUACGUAAUUAUUUGAAUGAAAAUUAAUUAAAAAACAAAAAAGUUAAAAAAAUUACAAAAACAUACCUUUAUAAAUAAAACAAUUUCAUAUUUUAUUACGUCAGACCAAAAAGUAAUUGAAUUAUGUAAUUUAUAGCACAAAAUAAUAAAGGUGUAAUAAUCUUUAAGGGUCUUGAACGUGAAUUUUUUGUCUAGCGUUUAAUACAUCGUACCAUAUUACUACUACUACUACUACCACUACUACCACUACUACUAUUACUACUACUACUACUACUACUACUACUACUACCAUGUCACUAAAUACCCCAUUGGCUGAACAUAUAAAAUUGCAGACGCUUUGAAAAUCAAUAUAUUAAUAACCAAUGAAUAAUAAACACUAUAACAUUGUUGUGAUUUUGAAUGUUGAUUGUCAUAUCAAUUAAUUGUUGAAACAAAAAAUGAUUCACUACUCGAAUAUAUAGUACAGUACCGUCGUUACUCAUCACGCAAAUCGUGAUCAUUUCUAAUUCAAUUUGUGAUAUUAAUUUAAAAAGAAAAAAAAUCAAUAAAUAAACCCUUUCUGAGCUCGAAAUUAUUUUUAUCAGACUUCCGAUAUUUUUGCAAUCUAUAAAAAUGCUAUGGUUAAUCAAUACAAGUAUAUCGAUAUUUAACGUGCUUUAUAAAUUUUACCUACAUACAGUAUACGUACCUACGCUCACCAUGAAUUCAAUUAAAUAAUACCUCAUAAUGACAUGAAAUUUAUAACAGAAGAAAAUCGAUUAAACACACGUUCAAAUAUUUACGUAUUCGGUGUGGGGUAAUUAGCGUGUUUUCUUCUACCUCUUAGGCCGAUAAUUUCGCCGACAAUUUAAGUUACGAACAAUUAAAUCGAACGAUGAAGAAACAGGACAAUUCAUUUCAUCUGUCUACGUCAUUGUUGAUUUCGGAAUAUGUGUUCUGUUUUCUUUUUAACUUGUAAAGGCGUUAUAAAAUUAAGCGAGGAGUCUCUUUCCCAUACCAAGAAUGUGAGUAUUUUAUUGGCGACCGAAUUACCGCACUACAACUUUAAGAAAAAUCGCAAAUAACUCCAUUAGGUGUACGUAUAUUAUACGGAUUACGUAUCAUAAAUGAAAAUGAUAUUUAGACUAAUUAACUAUCUUCCCAUUCUCUCUGUGUAUGAAUUACACGAGUAGAUGCACGGAGUAUAAACGGAUAUGCAUAUACAAUAAAGAUUGGAGUAUUAUCAAAUCUCAGAUAAAACAGAGAGGAAUGGCUUCGAAAUGACAAUAACUCACAGUUAUUACCCACCCAUGCACGUCACGGGACAUUAUUAUUUGUCCCACUGUCUCUAAUUUCUAAUUUCAUGGGUACAAAAAAUUUUUCAUCGCGUUUUAACAGAUAUCUUGUUGUUCGGAUCAGUAUUGUGGAUAUAGAAAACAACUACUCCUACCUAAUACAAUAUAGAAACAAAUUGAAAAUUAAAGAGUAAAAUGAUGAUACGCUGUUAAUAUUUAAAGAUGCGUCAGCCCGAUCAAUACCCGCAAUAUUAUAAAUACAAAAAUUAAAUAUCUGCCCGAUGCAAGAAGAUUAUAUAAGGUGAAAGUUACUUUGUUACUACAUGCAAGUCAGAUAAUACACAAAUAGAACUACACUGCAUAAAUGAUAAAAAUGCUACCUAACCGUAUAUAAUUAUUAUAUCUUAGAAAUCUGUCUAUACGCGUCGUUUUGUAUGUGGAUGUUACAAACUGUUGUAAAUAUUCUAAAUAAAUACUAAAUCCGUAAUAA